AUGCAGCUGAAUGAGACUGGAGUUCAAACACUGGCUCCAGAGCCAUGUGAGCAGCAAUUACUACAGGAGGAAAAUGCUGGAAACUGUAGCGGAGGUUCCACCAGCAACCUGUCGCUGCACUGCUGGCUGCAGCUCCUCACCAAGGAAUCCAUCAUGGAAUAUCAAGGAGACAGCUCAAGCCUGGUGGUGCGUGUGAUGAUAGCAUGUGUCUACUCUAUAGUCUGUGCACUUGGGCUGGUAGGGAACUCGCUGGCUCUGUAUCUGCUGCACUCACGUUACAGGCAGAAGCAAUCAUCCAUCAACUGCUUUGUGAUGGGACUGGCUAUCACAGACCUCCAGUUUGUCCUGACUUUACCUUUCUGGGCCGUGGACACAGCCCUGGACUUCCGCUGGCCGUUUGGCCGUGUGAUGUGCAAAAUCAUCAGCUCUGUCACCACGAUGAACAUGUACGCCAGUGUGUUCUUCCUCACAGCUAUGAGCGUGGCACGUUAUUACUCUAUCUCCUCUGCGCUGAAGAUGCACAGCCGGCGGGCGGCAGCCGCCAGGGCCAAGUGGACGAGCCUGGGCAUCUGGGCUGUCUCUCUGCUGGCCACUUUGCCGCAUGCCAUCUACUCCACCAGUGUCCAGGUGUCAGAUGAGGAGCUUUGCUUGGUGCGCUUCCCAGACUCAGGCAGCUGGGAUCCACAGCUUCUUUUGGGUCUAUACCAGCUGCAAAAGGUCCUGCUGGGUUUCCUUAUUCCUCUGAUCAUAAUCACUGUCUGCUACCUGCUGCUACUGCGCUUCAUCCUCAGCCGGCGCAUCACAGGUGCAGCGGGUCCAGAGGUUGAGCAGGGCCGGCAAAGUCGCCGCUCCAAAGUGACCAAAUCCAUUGUCAUCGUGGUUCUGUCCUUCUUUCUGUGCUGGCUUCCCAAUCAGGGGCUCACACUGUGGGGAGUACUCAUAAAGUUUGACCUUGUGCCCUUCAGCAAGGCUUUCUACAAUGCACAAGCCUAUGCCUUCCCCCUGACUGUGUGUUUGGCACACACCAACAGCUGCCUCAACCCCGUGCUCUACUGCCUGAUUCGCCAGGAGUUUCGGGCAGGUCUCAAGGAGCUUCUCCUCCAUGCCACGCCAUCCUUCAGGAGCCUGACUCACAUGCUGCGUCGCAAGGGUAAAGUGGCUGAGGCACCGCCUGUUCUGGUUCUGGUGCAAAUGGACGUCUGAUAUGGAUGACUGGCUUACUGUACUUAAGACAAUAAUUGAAAGCUUCCUAUAGUACUAGAUUUGCAGUUGUUCAUGAUAGUGCAUCUCAACCCUGUCAACACAGAAAAUCAAUUAUCUUUUAGGCUUUUGAAAACAUCACAAUCAUAGUGGACUACACAGUGGGAUGUGCCCCACUUUCACUGCUGGCUUACGAUUUACUCUGCUGCAAAUGUUAUACAGUGACUCUAUUUCUCUCUCUUGCCAUAUAGUAUGUCUCUCUCUUUCUCUCUCUCUCUCUGCCAGACAAUACGUGUGCUGCUCUCUGGUAAUUUGUCAUUCAUAUGUAUACAUGUCAAUCACACAUUAGAUGAAUGGUUGAAGCAACCAGACACUGAGCUUAGUUAAAUCUAAUAGUAAACCUCAAUUAACAUUUGCCGCAGCAUCGGCAUCAUGAGUGGGAUUUAGCAUUCUUUACUCUCAGUGCAUGAGUACCUUUCUGAUAAAACUCUCGAGGGAUUUGCUUGGAUGAAACUAGACUAAGUCAUGACCGAGAUGCUUUAAAAAAGGUUUGAGAAGGUUUCCCAGUGCGCUGGCCAGUAUGUUUUUUGUUCUAAGGUGCAUUUGUGUACAUUCUAUACAGUAAAAGCAAACUGAAAAACAAUCUACCUAAACCAAUAAUUAAAAAGUAGACUAAUAGUGAAUAAUAGUAUUUUCUAAAGACAAUGAAAGAGUAAGAUUUUUGAAGAGCCUAAUGGUAUGUACUUUUUGAAAGCUGAGAAAAUGGCAAGGUCAAGCAGUGUACAACAUCUAUUCAGUGUAUUUAGGAGAAAUAAAUGGCAUAAUCAUUGUUUGCUGAAUUGUCUUGGGGAAAAGAUUCAUGCCUGAAAUCAUUAAAAAAAAGGUACAAGUACUUCAACACAUUUCAUGUCCUUUUCCAAGGUAAGACAAUCUGACAUGAUACAUCAAAGGGUUCAGUAUAAUGAGUGUGUAGUUUGUGAGAUGAAUGCUGU